AUGUCUGAACAACCAUCUUAUGUGGCCUUCUUCGGAGUCAUGGGGGCGACUUCCGCAAUGGUAUUUAGUGGUAAGUGUUCUGUGAUUAAUAAUAAGUCGUGAAUCUUCUGGGCCGAAAUUGAUCUUGUGUAUGAACACUCUUUAGCUUUAGGUGCUGCUUAUGGGACGGCCAAAAGUGGAACAGGGAUUGCUGCCAUGAGUGUGAUGCGACCAGAACUCAUUGUGAAGUCCAUAAUUCCAGUAGUUAUGGCUGGUAUCCUCGCUAUCUAUGGUCUUGUUGUAGCUGUUCUUAUCGGCAAUGGAAGUGAGUUGUCUUGAUCAUGCGAUGAAACCUUGUUAACCUCACUCACCGUACUGUCAAACCGUUGCUUGUUAAUAAAUAUUUUUACAAACAAAACUAAAUGAUCUUUUUGUCUAGACAAAAAUGAAACUUUUUUUUUGUUUACAGGAGUAGUUUCAUUUCAAAAUGUCGACUGAAAACAGUUUUUCUCUUUUGCAUGAAGUCAUGACUCAGAAAUGUUUUUUUACACAAAAGGAACUUUUUGCAUUUACUACAAAGUAUUUUUUAAAUUUUGAAUUUGUUUUUCUUAAGACGGGUGAAAAGUUACUAUGAACAUAUUACACACCAAGUGUAUUUACUGUUAACCUUAGGUUUAUUUUUAAAUAAUUUAAUAGAAGAUGGUGGCUUUUCUAGACACAGAUAGGUUAUUUACCCACGUGACUCAUAGGAGCAUUGAAAACACACACAUGCAAUUUCAAAAUAAUCGGAAAGAUAGAAAUUGCAUGAAUUUAAAAGCUAUAAGCAAUGUAAAUACAGAAACAAAUUUCUGUUAUGGUAAUUUAGUGGCCGUAUAUUAAUAGCAUUUGAGCUAACUGAUCUACUCUACUUCAUAAACCGUUCAUAGUAGCUGGUCUUUGAUACAAAGGGAAUUAAGAGGCCUGCCAGCUCACACUUUUAACAUGCCAGGUUAAUUAUCUUACUCAUGGGAACCAAUUGGGUUUGGGGGUGGUUGACAUCAUCCAUCAUAGAAAAUAUAACUAAAUUAGCAUGGUUAUCUUUAAAGUGCCGGUAACCGGUUAAAAAACUAGCUACCUUUAAUUUUGAGCCACGUUCUCUUUGGGUAUAAAGAGUAAGAUACAAGAGUGAGACCUUAAAAUUACCUUCAGCGAUUGUCGAUUGCCAAGCUGCCCACUUCUACAUCCUAGCUGUCUACUGCAAAACUUAAUGAGAACCCUGAAUGGACACUGUAUGUAAAUUAAUCAAUGGCAGAAUUAGCCCUAUAAGCCCUCCUUCUCUAAUAACUCCAAUAAAUGGAACAGGCUCUGGUAUUUUGUGAACACUUCCUUGUGGUGUAGUGUUACACUUUUGUUGGUAAUGAAUGUUAAGUGAACUGGAGUUUGCUCAUAUGUCUUUACACACUACCUUGGACAAUGAAAGUACAGUUGACUCCUGAUAACUUGAAACUCGUGCUAACUCGAACCAAAGUUGAUUUCCCUUGAAUUUCUUUCACAUGGUUACUGUAACUUGAACCUUCUGCUAACUUGAAGUAAUUUUUGUUUCCCUUCAGACAAUUUCUAUAUAAUUUUACCCUCGAUAACUCGAAUCAUGUUUUAAGCAUGUGACAGGUUGAAAACAAAAAUUACAGACUGAAGUUUAAACAUUUAAUUUAUUUAUAAAUAACAGUGUCAAUUCUUUGUCUUUACUUUUAUGUCACUUCAAUUCAAAUUCAGUGUCCAUCCCUGUAUAUUAAUCAGGCUUUGUUGUUUAAUUUUCUUUUCAAAUAUUUAUUUCUCUUGCUGCCCUUAACGUGAAGUGUGCAUGAUUCUUGCGUUCUCUCUCCAUGCAUUCACUUAAUUUCUUUAUAUUUCUUGUCAUUUGCUUCAUACUCCCUAUAACUCAAACUUUUUUCAAGAAGGUUUGAGUUGUCUGGAUUCAACUGUAUUAGUUACAAGGCACAAUGCUCACUCUAACUGGGGGGGGGGGGGGGGGGAGGGUUUUAAUACUAAAACCCCUUGCAAUUUAACUCAAGGGAGGGUGUUAGGAACUGUGACAAACUGAUGUUUUGUGUUCUUUUGCAGUUAGCACCGACUACACUCUGUACAAGUGAGUAUGAUCACUUCUUUAAAAAGAGUUUUAUUAAAUAGUUAUCCAUUUGUUUGAUUAUUAUUUGGUUCCACACCAUUUUUCCGAAAAGUGAAUGUUAUAUAAACUGUACAUUUAGUUUUGUUAGGUUAACUGAAGGUAAUCAAUGUACUUGGAGUAUAUGAAAAUAAGCAUAAAUUCCUAUUUCUAAAGGAUAAAAUACUGUAGAGGUAGUCUUAAAGUGAACUCAACCAGUACCUCUGAAAACACUCAAAAAGCAAAGAGGAGAAAGUUAAACAAAAUUGCAUUGAAACAUAUUACUUUCUCAGAACACAAAAAGUGCAUGUGCAUUAACUGUUGCUAUUCAUUUAUUGUGAGAACUAUUCUUCCUCAUAAAGCAUGCUUCAACUCAACUGUAAAUUUUAAUGAGCAGUUUAAGGACUUGUCAUCCUCACUCUACGUGCAAACAGACACUACAACUCCCAGCAUGCUGGCCCAACAAUGUUAAGAGUUUGUGCUUCCAUUUGGACGUAGCUGAGUGUUUGACUGGUUUCAACACAACACCAUUCAACAGGAUUUGUAAACAGACCCAACAUGUAACGUCCAACAGUGCUGGGAGUUGUUGACCAACAAUAGCAGAGAUUUAGCUUCAUGUUUUUGGCAAAUGGCAAACUUGAAUUUUGUGCCACGUGACCAAGUGUGUUCUUGACUUGUCUUUAAGUGUUCUUUACUUGUAGAAUAUAAUUAGUAGUUUCACAUUAUUUUCAUCCAUAAGAAUCAUUUUAGACUGUUUUAGUCUGCUCAUUUUCUAUUAAGAGAAAUUUUCAACGAACUCUGCUGUUUGCCGUAAACGUGAAACUACAUCUCUCUAAAAUGAUGCACACUGUGUAUUCACAUGCAAAGUGCAGCUUAGGCAUAGUUAACUAAUAAUGAACAGAUAAACUCUAGGGCAGUUACUCUUGCUAAGAGGGCUCUUCUUUUUUUCUGAUAAACUUUGCAACAACUGCACCCAUAGAAAUCCUGUGUCAAUUAGCUUCCCUUGGGGACCCAAGGGUAAGAACUUGUGCAAACUUCCUUCUUCCUCCUGGGGAACUUCCUGUUAGGUCCAUGUUCACUACUGUACAUUGUGUAUUCAAAACAUGUAUGUCAGUGCUUUGACUGUUUGGUUCCAUUAAUUUUUUGCAGGAGUUUUCUUGAUUUGGGUGCAGGCUUGAGUGUUGGAUUCAGUGGUCUAGCUUCAGGUUUUGCCAUUGGUAUUGUUGGAGAUGCUGGCGUCAGAGGAACAGCUCAGCAGCCUCGUUUAUUUGUUGGCAUGAUUCUUAUUUUGAUUUUUGCAGAAGUUCUGGGAUUGUAUGGCCUGAUUGUCGGCUUAAUUCUGGUCACAAAAAAUUCUGGAAAGUAA